AUGCCCGUCACAAAGUUCGACUUCCCCGAAAAGUACGAAUACUUGGUCGGAUUUGGGGUCUAUCACCACUCCGAGGCCCUGCCGGGUGCAAACCCAGUUGGACAAAAUGCCCCUCAAGUCGCCCCCUACAAGUUGCUUAUCGAACGUAUCACCAACAGCUCUUUCACGACUCCGCGAGCCCUUAACUGUCAGAGCUGGAUCUAUCGCGAGAAGGCUGCAUCUGAACGCGGACCGUUUUCCCCCUACAAGACCAAGGCUUCAUCUCCGUCGGGCUUUCAGGGGCCCCGAGCCAUGACUCCGAAUACGUUUAAAUGGGGAGACUUCGAGAUGGAGUCCGGCCUUGACUGGGUUUCUGCGCAGAAACUCGUCUGCCAAGCCGGAAGUAUCCCUACCAAGACCGGUCUUGGAUAUAUGGUAUAUGGGGCGACGGAGAAUAUGCCGCCUAAUACCGUCUAUACGUCAUCCGAUGGCGAGUAUCUUAUCAUACCCCAGGCAGGAGUGUUGGACAUCCGGACUGAAUUUGGAAAUAUGUUGGUGAGACCCAACGAGAUUGCUGUGAUCCCUAGAGGAAUCAAGUACCGAGUUGACCUCCCCGCUGGACCUGCCCGGGGCUACAUCUGCGAAAUCUACCAGGGUCACUACCAGUUGCCCGAGCUCGGCACCAUCGGCUCUACAGGACUCGCUAAUGCACGGGACUUCCAAGUCCCCAAGGCCGUGUUCGAUGGCACUGUUAAGGACGGUGUUGCGACCUGUAGUCCUGCUGAUUGGACUGUGAUCAACAAGUACAACGGCGACCUGUUCUCUUCCGUUCAAGACCACACACCUUUUGAUGUUGCUGGCUGGCAUGGGACAUGUUACCCAUACAAAUACGACCUGGGUCGCUUCUCCCCCCUUGGCAGCCUUCUUUACGACCAUCCGGAUCCAAGCCUUUUCACCGUCCUUACUGUGCCCUCGCGUCGUGAGCCCUUAACCGCUGUGGUAGAAUUCUGCCUCAUCCCUCCUCGCUGGCAGGUGAUGGAAAACACAUACUGGCUCCCCCCAUACCACCUGAACACAAUGAGCGAGUUCAUGGGCUUCAUCAACAAGCACCCAGAUCCCAGCCAGGAUCUGGUUUUCAAGCCAUUCGGUGGGAUGCUUACCGGGGCCAUGAAUCCACAUGGGGCCGAAAGAAAAGAACACGAGGCGGAAACCAAAAAGGAGUUCAAGCCCACCAAGGUGGGUACAGAGCCGUUUACACCUUUCCUGCUCGAGAGUGAAGCGAUGAUGGGCAUGUCAGAAUGGGGGCUCAAGACCGCUACUCAGUAUUAG